AUGCCUGCAGUAAAGAGACAAGCAAAAGCAGACAAGCCCAAGAGGUUGAGGAAGCGCAGAGCCAGAACAGAAGUCUCGGAUUCUUCAGACUCAUCGUCGUCAGACUCCUCAUCAUCGUCAGAGUCCGACAGCAGUGAUUCGGAGCCUACACCCAAGAAGCAAGUCGUGGCCAAGUCCAAGGUCAAGACAAAGGCCGUUGCAAAGUCACCAUCCCGGUCAUUAUCACCAGAAGAAGAUCAGACCAUCACUACCUCCACAGAUGGACCCCAGGUUGGUGAUGUAGAGGCAGAAGAUGCAUUUACCUCAUUCUACCUCCGCCAGAUGACCACCGAGUUUGCCGAAGACCUCGACAAGAUUCGCUCAGCAGGCGACUUCAACGACAAAUCACUGGGUCUGCUGAUCGGCGCACUCAAGCAGGGCCGCGAAUGCUUCGACCGACACGACAGACUGGCUGUUGGUAAAGCUAUCGUCGCUGCCAAUCAGUGA